GCCUGGUAUGACGGCUGCCGGCAGCAACUGGAAGUGGACUCCAGUUGCGCGCAGUGACCAGUUGGCCCGUGGCUUCCAUUCGUGCAAUGUGGUGCAAGGGAAACUCCUGAUCUUUGGGGGACUGAAGUCGGCAGACACCCAGGAGUCACCCCUGGGAGACGUGGUGGCCUUCGACCCGUCUGUCCAGACCGUCCGAACAGUCGCUCCUGAACGUGGGUACCGGCGCAGCCACCAUGAGGCCGUGGUCCUGGCUGAUCGCUGGCUGUGUGUGGUGGGAGGCUGGGACGGCUCCCGAAGGGUCUCGGAUGUGUGCAGCUUUGACGCUGACCAGGCGCAGUGGGAACGCUGGGCCGAGGGAUCCUCCAAUGAGCCUCCUGUGGGGUUGAGCAGCCACACCUGUACCAAGCUGUCAGACCAUGAGGUGCGGGUGGUGGGCCGUGAAGGCGGGCUGCGCACACAGAGGCGCUACGCCAGCAUCUACACAUUGCACAUGAACCCUGCCACCAAGACCUACUGGUACAGAGAAGAAGAAUCUCACACAGCCUCACGGGCCGGCCACUCUGCAAUGCUGCUGCGCGAGACCAGCUCCAGUGGGAGGAGCAGCGGCUACAAGCUCAUGGUAUUCGGCGGACGUGACUCUGCUGACUUUGACGUGGCUGGACACUGGGGGAAAGGGAAAAUCCACGUUGAUUCUGUCCAUGCUACUGAGCUUACGGAGCAGAUCAGUCGUUUGGUCAGUGCCGAAAAGGGAUCCCAGCAGGCACCCAAAGGCUUGCGCCACCAGUCCUGCACUGUGGUGGGGCCUUUUGCCAUCAUCUUUGGAGGGGAGACCUUAUCCAGAGGCAGGGAUGCCAUUUGCAACGACCUCUAUGUCCACGAUACACGGUCUUCACCAGCAACCUGGUACCGCUUCCCCGGUUCCGAUCAAGCCCAGAAGAGAGUUGGUCAUCGCACCUGCCUUUGGGACGACAAGCUCUACCUCGUUGGGGGAUUUGGGGCUGACGGCAGGACACCCUGCCCAGAGAUCUGCACUUUAGAGAUCUCCGUGUGAAGACA